AUGAUAACGGCCGAGGCGGCGCUCUCGCAGGCGCAGGCGCGGGCCCGGAUCGUGGACCACAAGAGCGCGGUGCGGUCGCGUGUGUGGACGGGGCUGCUGGAGGUGGCGCUGGCGGACUCGCGGUUCCACUACGACUUCGGGGAGUACAUCACGGACUUCGCCGGGUCGUCCGAGGUCACGUCGCGGCUGGCCUCGCUCCCCGUCUACCAGGCCUCGGCCACCUUGUUCGUCACGCCCGACAACUGCCUCGAGGAGCUGCGCCGGCGCGCCCUGCUGGGCGGGAAGCGCGUCCUCAUCACCACGUACGGCAUCAGGCGGGGGUUCUGGCUCCUGGACCCGGCCGCGAUCCGCGACCGGUGGCAGGGCAAGCUUGGUGGCGGGGACGGCUGGGCGUGGUAUGCCUCGACGCUGGACGGGAUGGAGCGGGUGGGACGCCAGGUGUCCCUGUCGGACUUGAUCAGGGAAGGAGUCCAGAUUCCCGUCAUGAUCACGGGCACGGGCGCCAUCAACACGCGGGGGAUCCGGUUCGGCAAGGGCCAUGGGUACUUUGAUCUCGAGUGGGGGAUGUUGUACUCCAUUGGUGUUAUUACGACGCAGACAGUGGUCGUGAGCGUGGUGCAUGAUUGUCAGUUGUUGGAGGAAGAUCUGAGGCCCGAUGUGUUUGAUACGGUUUGCGAUUAUGUAAUUACACCCAGCAGGGUGGUGGAGGUCAAGGAGGCACAAAAGCCAACAUGCGGGAUUUUAUAUGAUAGACUACAGCCGGGCAUGUUAAAGGCCAUACCGCCUUUGACCGAGUUGAAGGGUAUUCUUCAGCAGAUGAGACGAUAG